AUGGAUAGUGCUGCGAGUUUUGAAGAAGAUAACUCAGACAGUGAUUAUAUGAAUGUUUCAUCAUCAUCUGAAAGUUCUGAGGAAAAUGAGUUUCCAGCAAAACGUAGAACUAAUCUACCAAUUAAACGCAAAGAUGGACUCGAUAUUGUUAAAAAUCCAUUAUCAAAGCUUAAUAUUAGGCAAUCGACGAGUCAAACAUCAGUUAAAUUGAGUUUAAAGAGAAAAUUUCCUUUUACCAAUACAGCAACAAAAAAGGAAAAUGAUGGAGCAGGCUUAUCCACCAUUAGCUUUCAAGUUUUAUCGGCUUCACAAUCGCCCGAUGAAUCGACUACACCAACAAUGGAAUUGGAAUCAAUCAAUAACCCUUCAUUAUUGAUGCCUGCCCCUCAAGCAGAUGAUCCUCCAUAUUUUCCUGAAAAAUACAGUGGUAAAUUAUGUGCCUUUUGCAAUUUAGGUGAGCGUAGUCAACUCGGACAAGGCGAAAUGCUUCGCUUAGAGUUGACUGAAGAGGAAUCUAAAAGUGCAUCCAAUUCUAUGAAAUCGGAUUCGCAACACGGUUCCGGUUCGUAUGAUGAGGAAUCAAAGAACGGAAAUGAUGAUUUAAGUAAAAUAUUUAAGAAUGCAUCAAGUACAUUGUUACAACAACAACUUAAUCGCCGUCAAAAAGGCUUAAAUAAAUGCAAAAAUCCAGUCAUUACAACCGAAUACGUUGAUGAAUUAGAAAAAAUUGGAUAUACUGAGAACGUAGAUUUUAACAUGAUAGUUGAAAACGGCUUUUAUUACGUUCAUCGAGCAUGUGCGAUGUGGUCUUUUGGUGUUGAUCGUGAUCCAAUUAAUGAUACGCUAAGCAAUGUCUCAUUGGUGCUCAAACAAAGCUUAAUUCGCAAAUGUUCUUACUGUAAUCAUUUUGGAGCUAGUGCCGUUUGUAAAAUCAACUGUCAACGAGCUUUUCAUUUUCCAUGUAUCGCUGCAUCCGGAAGUUUUCAAGACUUUCAACAUUGUUCUGUUUUCUGUGUUGAUCAUCUCAAUCAUGUUCCAUUAAAUUGCGAUGAGGAUGUUCAUUGUCGUCAUUGUAACACGUUAGGUGAUAUCAGUAAUCUCAUGGUUUGUUCUAAAUGUGGUGAUCAUUAUCAUGGAACCUGUAAAGGAUUAGCACAGCAACCUGGUGUUCGUUCAGGAUGGCAAUGCAAUAAAUGCCGAUCUUGUCAAAUUUGUCGCAUACCAGACAAUUCAGAUGGUCGUACUUUAGCUUGCGAAACAUGCGAUAAAUUAUAUCAUCCGCAAUGUUUAAGACCAAUUAUGGCAACAGUUCCAAAAUACGGUUGGAAAUGUCGAUGCUGUAGAAUAUGCAGUGAUUGUGGAGCUCGAACUCCAGGCGCUGGUGCUUCUUCUCGGUGGCAUAAUCAUUAUACCGUUUGUGAUUCGUGCUAUCAACAACGUAAUAAAGGAUAUUCCUGUCCAAUUUGUCGAAAAGCAUAUCGUGCUGCUGCUUACAGGGAAAUGGUCAAGUGUUGCGUAUGUCAAAAAUUUGUUCACAACACUUGUGAUCCAGAAGCUGACUUAAAUGUUUACGAGAGAAAAAAGGAAGUUAAUCCGGACUAUGAAUACACAUGUGGUAUUUGUAAAUCUGCUACACAGAAUGAACGUAUCAAUUUGGCUAUUAGACGAAGUAAUAGUGGAGAUGAUGAAAGUCUAUCUGCUUCUCAAGAGAGUUUAGAUGACAUGGAUAUGGAUAGUGGUGAUGGAAAGUUUAUUAAUAGAGAAGAUUAUGGACUUGGUUUGGGAAAAGGAAAACCAUUUGUUGCAAGUAAAAUAGCUAAAAAGAAGUUAGGAUUAAGUAGUAGCAACAGUGGAGUGAGUGGACAAAGACCGAAAGGAGUCGGGAAAUUUGGUUUCCAAAAACGUGCAAGAACAUUUGAGCUAGGCAGAAAAAGAGGUCCAAAAUCGAAAAUGCGAGGCGUUUUUGGUGUUCCAGGAAUCGGACUUCAACGCCCAGUUGCUGAUUCAUCAAAACAAAAUGAUGAGGAACCGGGUUCAGAAAAUCGUUUAGUAUUGUGUUCAGCAAAAGAUCGCUUCGUAUUGACACAAGAUAUUUGUGUAAUGUGUGGUGCAAUCGGAACUGAUCAAGAAGGAUGCUUAAUAGCUUGUGCACAGUGUGGUCAGUGUUAUCAUCCGUAUUGUGUUUCAGUCAAAGUGACGAAAGAAAUUUUGCAAAAGGGAUGGAGAUGUCUAGAUUGUACUGUGUGUGAAGGAUGCGGAGACAAAAAUGACGAAGCAAGAUUAAUCUUAUGUGAUGAGUGCGACAUUUCAUAUCACAUUUAUUGUAUGGAACCUCCAUUAAAUACAGUUCCUCAUGGCACUUGGAAGUGUAAAUGGUGUGCAAUUUGUGUUAAGUGUGGCUCAAAUGAGCCUGGAAAUAAUUGUUGUUGGCAGAAUAGCUACACAGAAUGUGGACCAUGUGCGAGUCAAUCUUAUUGUUCAGUAUGUAGUGAAACUUAUAGUGAUGGAGAGCUAAUAAUGCAAUGUACUAGCUGCGAUAGAUGGCUUCAUUGCUUGUGUGAUUCAAUUAAGAAUGAAAUAGAAGCUGAAAAGUGUGCAGAAGAAGGUUACAUAUGUGUGCUAUGUCGCCCCAAAGAUAUUCUACCACCACACUUGCAAAUCAAGAAAAAACCUCAACCUGUAUCCACACAAUCAUCAACUACAAAAGAAGAACCUUUUGAUGAAAAUGAUACUAUAAUAUCACUUGCACUUGAUGGAAGUCACUUUGUUGAUGGCGUAUAUUUGAGUGAGCAUGGGAUGCAAUUUAUUAAAACACUUCAAACAGAACCAAAACGAGCAAAACGAAGACCAAAAGUAGCACCAGAAGUUGACAAAGAUGCGGGUAUUUUAGCAGCAAUAGAAUCUGUGGUAGCUGGUAGUGCUGACAACUCAAUGGAAGACAUCAAAUUGGAGUUAAUGGAUCCAAACGAAGAAGCUCAAAUCUAUAAAGAUGGUAUGACUUGGUCAAAUACAGAGCCAGCACCCGAAGGAUUUUCACUCUUCACAAAUGAAAGUGGACAAGUUAUUUUGCGUAAAAAGAGACAAAGAAACUUACAAAAAUUGGGUAUUGGUGGAUUUGCCGUUCGCAAUAGAGCUGUACGAACAACUAAGAAUGAUGAAGAGCCAUCAAACUUAACCAAUGAAGAUGCGAAAAAGAAGAAACCAAACCGACGAAAACAAAAGAAUAAAUUAGUUGAAACAUACCCAACGUAUUUACAAGAAGCAUUUUUCGGAAAACCAUUAAUGGAUUCGAACGUGAAGGUGAAGUUAGAAUUGAGUAGCAGCGACGAUGAAACAAAAAGUAAUGUUUCUGAUGACAAGACUAUAAAAUUAUCAUUAGAUGAAUUAAAGAUGAUUGAAGCUAUGCGAGCCAAACAGCAACAAAAAUUAGAAGAAGAACAAAAAUUGAUUGAAAAAACUCAACCUGCAUUGCAAUCACCACAAUUAAUGUCGAAUGGAGCUCAGAUUCAAUUGAAUCAGAAGAUGCAGCAACAAAAUGAGCUCACAUCACAAGGGCAAAGUUCAAGUGGAUCUAUGACAGGAUCAAAUAGUCAAGAUGCUAGUGCAUCAUCUGAUCUUAUUCAAGCUGCUGAUAUUAAAGCAGAAUUGGAUAUCAUGGAUGAUGAUGAGAACAAUAGUGAUACUGAAGCAUUAAAAGAUGUCCUCGGACUACCUGGUGAUCUAUUAGAUAAUGAUUUAGUCAAUACAAUAAUGAAUGAAGACGAUGAUCUCACUAAAAAUACAGCCGGUCUUGAAGAUGUAGAUGUUAAAGGUGUUAAAGAUGAUUUGGCAGAUAUACUAAGUCCUCAUUUCAACAUUGAUAUGGAAGAUAUGUUAUUUAAGAGUGUAUUAACGGAUGAAUCGCAAGAGUCUCAGGAAUCAGCACUUACAAACUCUCUCACAUCGUACUCAACUCAAUCGACACCAUCUCAUCAAUCGGAAGUACAGUCAAUACAUCUAAAUCAACCAACAACUCCAUUGCAAACAAGCAAUAUGACACAAUUGCAAUCUCCACAACCUUCAAAUACGAACAUGAAUCCUAUGAUGCAACCACAAUCCCCACAAAUUAAUACUCAAAUCAAUCCUAUGAAUCAACAUAUAAUGUUACAGCAGCAGCAGCAACAACAACAACAACAACAACAACAACAAGUUAAUAAUCCAAUGCAUGUACAGCAACCAAUGAUGCAGCGACAAAAUUCUUUGCCGGGACCGCCAGGAAUGGCUGCGGCUCAAAGAGGACCACAAUUUAAUACUACAACGGUAUUUCCAAAUCAACCACAAUGGACUAGCCAACCAAUCGAUAGUGAUUUUGAUUUGGGUUCUAGUAGUAUGAAUACUGUUCAAUCGACUCAAGCACCGAAAGUGAAUAAUCACCAGAAAAACUCAGAACGAAUGUCUGAGGAUGAAAAACUUGGCGAUAUGUCGACAAUAUCUGCUGUCUUAUAUGCAAAUCAAAAUCAUCCUGAAUUGAAAAUUGAAUAUCCACACUGGCCAGAUCGUUAUAAGCAAAUAAUGAAAAAAUGGCGCGCAUUAUCGUCUGACAAGAAGCAACCGUAUUUGCAAAGAGCUAGAGAUAAUAGAUCAGCACAGCAAGCGCAAUUGAGAACAAAGAAAGCCCAACAGGUGGCUCCUGACUUAUCACCCGAUAAUGGAACCACGAGCACAAAUAGCACAUCUCCCGCACUGAGUUCAACCCUAUCUGAAUCAUCAUCACUAAUGGAUUCUAAUAUGAUUCAACAAACUACUACAACGACAAAUAUUGGUGGACAACAACAAAUACAAGUGGAUCAAGAUAAAAUUACUGCUCAACAAAAGAGUAUCAAAGAGGCAGAACAAGAGCGUCAAUGGAAACUAUUGCAAGCUCAGCGUGCUCGUGAGCAACAGCUUGGUAUGCCACCUGAGCAUCAACGCAUGAACGAUCCGAAUCUUCAAUUGCAAAUUUCUACGACUUUAAAUGAUGGAUCGAUGAGUCCAGUUGCAAGUCCUUCACCAAACUCUCGAAAUCAAUUUAUGGUACCACCAAAUAAGGGAAGAAUGAUGAUCAAUCCUCAAAGUCCAAGUGCUACUUGUACUAAUUUCCAACAUCCUGGACGUCCAGUUUCACAACUCCAACGUCAACAAAGUCAACAGCGUAUGAAUCAAAGUCCAUUCUCUCCACAAACGUCUACGCCUCAAUCACCCAAUGAUCUCUUUCCUGGAUCACCAUCAGCUGAUGGCUUCCAGAGACCUCCACAUGAUGAACAACAAUUUUUGCAUUCACCACAAACACCAAAACCUAUGCCGCAACAGCAAUCUCCAGUUCAUACACCUGGCACUCCUAACAGUGCACCAAAUAUGAGUCCAGUGUAUGCUCAAGUAAUUAAUCAGCCUCCUCAGCAACAGCAACAACCACAACAAGUUGCAAAUAUUGGUGGAUAUGUUCAAGCUCCUGGAACUCCACGUCCUACAUUCAAUCCUGGGCAAACCAGAACAACUGUUUAUGCUCGUCCUGAUAUGUUUAGCAAGCCACCAUACAUUCAAUCACAGACAACAAAUCAUGAACAUAAUAAUAGACAAUUACGUGAUUUAUUACAAAGAACUCAGGCACCAACUAAUAUGCCUGGACCAGCUCAAAAUCCGAUGCAACAAACAUUUACACUUGAUAAUGAAUUAAUGAAGAAUCAACAACAGAGUCCAACAAGUCCUUUAAUUCAAAAUAAUCCAUUAAUGCAGAAUAAUCAACUUCUUCAGAAUAAUCAAUUGAUACAAAAUAGUCAAUUGAUUCAGAAUAAUCAAUUAAUGCAGAGUAAUCAGUUAAUGCAAAACAAUCAGUUGAUGCAAAGUGGUCAAAUGAUGCAAAAUAAUCAGAAUCAGGCAGGUGAUAAUACAUUCCGACAGCCACUUCCACCAGGUAUAAGACAGCAGAGAGUGCAAUCCAUGGUUGGUGGAAAAAUGAUUCGUUCAAGUACUCUUAGUGGACCUCCACAGCCUCAGCAACGCAUGAUUAUGACACCAGAAAAUCACAGACCUAGAUUACAAAUAAGACCUGGUAUGAAUAUAAAUCAACAACAGAUGCUUAAUGAACAACAGCAACAACAAAUGAAUCAAGGCCAAAUGGCACAACAAAGAAUGCCAUUAACACCUACUGGUAAUUUUGGCAAUGUACAGAAUGAAAUGAUUCAACAGGUACAACCUGGUAUGAUUUCUGCAAAUAAUGCUAAUAAUCCAAAUCAGAAUAUGAUCAUGACACAGAGAAUAGUAGUUCAGAAUCCAAAUAUUCAACAUACUAUGCAAAGUGGGCAAAUUAAUCAAGCUCAUAAUGCAGCUGGAGAUGUUAAUAUACCAACUAGUCUACCUCAACAUGCACCAGAUGCUGAGGGUAUCCCAGAAUCUGUAACUGCUGAGCUAGAAAAACUCGAACAAGAUGAAAACGUUGGAAUGGAUGGAGUUGGUGAUAUCUUAGGAGGACUUGGAGAUGAUGAUGAUGAUUUAUUAGAUUCAUUGACUGCUGAAAUGGGUGCAGAUUUCAAUAUUUUGGAAUAUGGAGAUCCAGAGCUUGACUCAACAGAUGAAAAGUCAACACUUCUUGACAGUUUAGAAAUGGAUGAAGGUGAAAAUGCAAAAGAAGAAAAACUUAAAAAUAUUGAAGUUGAAAAGAUAGCUAAAGCUAAUUUCCAAAGAUCGGUAGAAAUGAGUAAUGCCAAUGUACCACAAAAUCCUCAAUUGAAUCGCAUGCCCAUGCAAGUUCCAAAUCAACCAAUGCCUAAUCAAAUGACACCAAGCACUGAAUCUCAACCUAUGGAUCAAAAUCCUGGAACACCUCAAAAUCAACAACAAUCUCCUAUUCAAAAUCCUCAAAUGUUCCAGCAAGCAAAUGUUCAGAGACAAGUUCGUUUUAAAGCGCAAAUUCCGCCGAAUCAAAUGACAGAACUUCAACACAUCCAUCAACAAAUGAUGCUACAGCUUCAACAAGCUGCAGCUCAAGGAAAACCAAUGCCAAUUGGUACUCGAUUAGUUGCAAACAAUCCAGGAGGGCCAAUAACUGGAACAGUUACAGGUCCAAACAACAUAUCGCUAUCAUUUCCAACAGGUGUUCAGCGUUUACCACAAGUGCGAAUGGUUAAUCCAAAUAUUCAAGGAAAUCAAAAUAAUCAACAAAGAAUGGUAUUACCACAUAUGAUUCAAAAUCGACCUAACAUGAUGCAAAACACUCAGCAACAAGUUAAUCCAAAUAUGCAAAAUAUUAUCGGGCAACAACAACAGCAACAAGUUGCUCCACCACCACCUUAUCCUGAACCCCCUCCACCAUAUCCUGGACAAACACAAAAUCAGGAACAGCCGUUAUUGCUUGAGGAUUUAUUGGAGCAAGAGAAGCGUGAACAGGCUAGAAAUAUUGGUUCAGCUCAGGUUGUUGAUAUCAAUAAUUCUCAGAAUCAACAACAAAACAUACUAAGCGAUCAAGAUUAUGAAAAACUACGACCAGAUGUUUUAACAACGACUACUCAAAGCGUUACUAUGACGCAGCAAAUUCCACAGCAACAGCAAUUUGUUCCAAGGGGUAUAGUAACGAAGCAAUGGCGUCCUCAAACACCUGGUAUUUCUAAUGCUCAAGCUCCUUCAACAAGCCCCGAUCUUGUUCGAUCAGUUCCAAUUUAUAAUGCUAAUUUGCAGCCAAUGCCUCCAACUCCACCUGAAAAUAUUCUCACUGAGACUGAUAAACAGACUCAGACAAACUUUGAAGCUUGGCUUAAUACUCAACAUGAUUCAUUACAAAAGCAAUUGGGUUAUUAUGAAACUGAAAUUGCUGAAUUGAGAAAAUUGAAAAAGUCUCUUAAUACCAAACAGCGUCAAUUGAAAAAGAAUGGAAAUGAUUUAACUGAAAUUGAUGCUCAGACUUUAAUGAAGGUUUCUCAAGAGCAGGCAACAGUACAAAAGCAUCUAGAAAAUGCUCGAAAGCAAGUGCGAAACCAUUUGAAUAUUAGGCAAGAUUAUGAAAAUAAACAAAAAUCGAAACAAAUUGCAAACAAUCCUCAUAUUCCUCAUAUGGUUCAAUCACCUGUUGGAAUGAACGAUCAAUCUCCAAUGAUGUCACCAUCACCAAAUAUUAUUCAACAACCAGUGCAAUCGCCUCAUGGUCAAAUUAUGGGGCCAUCUCAAAGCCCACUUCAUUCACCAAGUCCUAUGAUGAAUUUACAGAGUGCUCAAAGUCCUGGACCAAAUUCAGUAAUGCAAAGUCCAAGUACACAUAUGAAUGCUAUGUCACCAUACAAUACAACACAACAAUCACCUAGAAUAGGAACUCCACAUUCACAAAUCGACGAAAGUCCCUUUAGUCCGAAUUCAGGACCAAUUGAAUCACCAUCAAUGAACAAUCGAUUGACUUCACCAAUUCCUAGAAUGACAUCUCCUCAACACCGUCCUUCAACACCAAUGCAAAUUCAAAUGAUGAACCGAAUGAGUGGACAACAAGUGCAAUUUAAUCAACAACCAAACAUGAACCAACAAAAUCGUUUUAUCCGUCCACCAAUGAUUUCGAAUGAUGGAAAUAAUCGAAUGAGGAUGCCUACAGCAUUCCAACAAAUGCCACAUGGUGGUAAUAUAAUACGUCAAGUGCAAUAUAAUACAAUGGAUCCAAAUGGAAAUCCACAAAAUGUUCAAACAAUUACCACCGGAAAUCAAAAUAUUAGUAUUGAAGCACAAAGAGCCUUACAAAUAAGACAAAUGCAAAUUAGACAACAGCAGAUUAUGAAGCAACAGCAACAGCAAAUGAAUCAACAACAACAGAUGAACCAACAAAUGAACCAACAACAAAUGAAUCAGCAGCAAAUGAACCAACAACAAGGACAAAUGAAUCAAAUGCAGCAACAACAAGGACAAAUGAAUCAAAUGCAGCAACAAAUGUCUCAAAAUCAGCAAAUUGUCAUGACUAAUCAACCUAAUCAAAGUCCAAUUCAUCAACAGCCACAAUCGCCAAUAAUCAAUCAAAAUGCAACUUCACCAAUGCCUCGAAGUCCUAUGAUUCAUUAUCAACAUCAAAAUCCAAAUAGUCCAAUGAUGAAUGUUCAAGGAAUUGAUAAUUCACCAAGACAAAUGUAUAUGCAACAACAAUCUCAGAUGAUGGAUCAUGGAAAUAAUCAAAACAUGAUGCAAGGUGGUGGUGGUAGUGGAGGAAUGAUGAAUCAAGAUAACAUUCCAUGCGAUCCAAAUCUUAUAAGAUCUAGACCAAUAAAAUUAGGUCUUAAAGGUGGAGCACCAAUGUUUGGUAAUGGAAAGGAUAACAAAAAGCAAACUGUGAGUUCCGAUAUGUUGCAGUUAAUAAAAAAAAUUCAACAGCAACAACCACAGCAGCAACAGCAAACAACUAUUACAAUUGAUGCACAAAGAAACAUUCCUGGAAAAAUGAUUCCAACGGCGAUAUCAUCUGCAGAAUUACAACAAGCUUCAAGUAGUAGACAAAUCCAAAUAAAACCAAAAACAUCUCUUUUAAAGAAUCCUUUGGCACCAAAAGUGAAAUCAUUAGUGGAUUAUGAUGAUAACGAUUCAUCAAAUGGAACUCCACCGAUCAGUCCAUUAUCAUUAAAAGUCAAGCAGAGGUUGCAAGAAAAAUCAGAUGACGUUGUUAUAGUUGAUAGUAGUCCUGACGAGAAACAGAGAUUAACAGAUUAUGAUGAUGAUAACGACAAGAUUGUAUCAUUAACUGAAGUCUCAUUAAAUUCAACGGCUCAGGAUAUUGGCGAUGCUGACACGAUUGUAGAAGCUUUUGAUGGAAGUGAAUUAGUUUCAAGCCCAUUAGUGACUGAACAAGAAGCCACAGAUUAUACUCUCUUUGAAUCCCAUGUUGUACAUCUCGAUGAUAGUAAUGAAUCUAUGAAGGAAAUUAUUAGUUCUGAAUUGCUUUUUGAUGAUGAAAGACCAAAAGCUUCAACAUCGAAAAAUGAAGAAGUUAUGUAUGUCAUACAAUCUGAGAAAGCAAAGAAUCUAAAAAAUGUUGGGACUCGUGAAGAUUUUGAAGCUAUGAUUGAUUCAGGAAAGGACGAAGAAGAGAAUGAGAGUGAAACUGAAGUAAUAGCAAUUGAAAAAUGUGAGCAAUCAGAUCAAGAGAUUAUUGGAAAACCUAUUGAGAUCAAACAAAAUAGAAUAAUUACGAAAGCUAUAUCAGAUGCGAAGCAAAUUAAAUUUCCAGUUGUACUCUCGUCUGCUACAAAUUCCGUGUCUUUAACCUUGCCAGCUAAUAUAAUGGGGAGAACAAAUUUAUCAACAACUUCUAUGUCAUCUGCAGCAGGAUUAGCUCAUAAUAAAUUGGUUAAAUCAGCAACACAAACAACAGCUAAAGUCUCAAUUGGAAACACAACGAUAUCAGUUCCAGUUGUUUUGAAGAAUAUGUCAGAUUCUCAACAAGGUUCAAAGAAAAUAAUAACAACAAGCGCUUUGACAUUGUCAAACUUGAAAAAGAAUCCAAAUAUGAUAAGUGUCUCUGGACAAAAAAUAAACACAUCAGCUAUUGUUACUCUUUCAUUAAACAAAGGAAAUACACGACCAAUUCAAACUGUAGAUUUCAAGCAGCGAAUUCAUCAAAAGCCUGGACAACAGUCAAUUAUUGUAUCAGCUGCACCAUCAGGAUAUAUAACAUCACAACAUAACGAUCAUCAAACUAUAACUGUAACAAGUAUUCAAAAUGCUUCUGUUAUUAACAAGUUAUCAGUUAGUUCAUCACCGAUUUUGACGUUUUCAAAAAUACCCACACUUACAAUGACUCAAGAUACAUCUUUGCCUAAUAAAAUACUUGAAGAUGAUGAUGUCUCUCCUGAUCAUGAUGACAAAACAUCUGGGGAUAAAAACAAAGAAGCAAAAAAUAAGAAAGAAAAUUCUAAUAAUAAAAUUACAAAGACUAUUGGAGGAAAUGAAGAAUCUAAAGAAGGAAAUGUGGAAAAUAAGCCCAAGCCAAUAAUUCCAGUUCAUGUUAUUAUUAAAUCACAUGAAUCAUCACAAAGUCCAAUAUCAAAUCCGGUGCAAGUACAAGCUCAGCGUGUAGUGUCUGGAAAUAUGUCGCAACUUUCCCCAUUAUCACAACCAAUUGAAAUUAAUACAAACACACACAACGCGACACAGCAAAUCCGUUCAAUAUUGUCUUCAAUUGACUCUAAUGAAGAUUCAAAAAAUAAGGCGGAAGGCGAACAAUUCAGUAUACCAACAUCUACACAAUUAAAUAUACCGAAAACGAUAAUACGAAGUUCUUCAACACCGACAACAUUAACUCAAACGUCAAAUGAUACAAAGAUAAUUAUUACACAAUCUAGCACCUCAAUUCCAUCGUCAUCGAUUGUCUCCAACUCUCAGCCAAGCAAUGUAUUGUUUGUAAAACAAAUUAAAGCUCUACCACCCUCAGUGACAUCUACAGUAACAAGCAAUCCAACUAUUGCAAUAGUUUCUCAAUCGUCAGCGGAGCAACAAAGCUCUUCAUCCGUUAUUAUUUCAACGAAACCUAGCAAUCUACUGAGUAUUCUGAGUAAUCAGCAUCAGAAUUCAGGCGCGCAGCAACAAAGUAUGAAAAUAAAUGAUGGAAAAGUAGAAUUACCUCUGACUGAUAAUACAAAAACUGUAACGAUUUUAAAGUCAAAUCCAACGAUAACGAAUUUACUCAAUUCCAAUUCAUUCAAACGCUCGAAAUCAAGCGAUGAUGUAAUCACAACAAAAGAGGCAAAUGAUGCUAUUAUAAACAAACGCUUAAGUUUUGAAGUUUCUAAUGAAAUUAAGAAAGAACCAUUAGAUAUCCCAAUUAUUAAAGAAAGUACACCAACAAUUAUAACAACACCGAUUAUGAAUAUUAUUAAAACUGAACCAUCUUCUGCACCGUCAACUCCAACAAUACCAAAAAUAAUUAAUACACCACCUCCACCAAAGCCAGAUGACUCUAACGUUUUGCUCAAACAGCUUUUGCAAAAUUCUGGUUCAAAUACGCCUGGAAAUCCACCAAUGACAAGAUCAGUUCCUGCAUUAAUGAAUACUCAACGUGCACCAAGUUUGGGUGUCUUUAGCUCUCUAGAAGCACAGUUAGCUCGUCCAGUUAUACCUCCUGUCCCAGCAAAGCAAGUUAUUGUUACUACACAACCACUUGUUGUGAGCACAAUGACAUCACUUCCUGCAACCACAACUUUAUCAAUAACUACAAGUGAGCCAAUGAGAACAACAUCAACGAAUAUCACUAAACUGUUGCCAAUUCACGAAACCUCAUUUGUUUCACAACCAUCUCAAAUCAUUUCAAAUCCACCUCAAAUAGCAACAUCUAUUUCAUCACAUAACUUAAUUUCGAGUGAAAAGAAGCCAAUAGUUAUUUUGAACAGAAAUGACAUUCCCCAAAGUGUAGCAAAUCUUUCUAGCUGUAAUAUUCCAAAAACAAUAAUAUCUCCACUUACAACAAUUGAAAAUAUGGCUCCACCAAAUAUGACUGGACAUCAGAUUAAGAAAGAAAUGGUAUCGCCCGGUAGUUCAAUAAAAUUAAGUCAAUCACCCACUCACAUUGUCCAGCCCCAAUUAGUGAAAAGUAUAUCUCAGUCAUCAUUAAAUUCGGGAAAUACAACACCAGUGCCAAUGGAAUCACCUUUAGUUGACAUUAAGAAAGAAAUGGACGAUAGUUCACAAUCAGAAUCAAUAAGUUCUGAUGUAAGUAUGGUGAAAACUGAAAAUCUCUUUCAUACACCGUCAUCACGUGAUGGUAUGAAUGAGCAUUUAGAUGAAAGUCCAGCGAAAACUGCUCAAGAAAUAGCAAACGAGUUGAAGAGAAAGAAGCGACGUGAAUAUCAAAAAAAUCGUCGUCAAAUGCAGUUGUCAAAAGAGAAAGGAGUUGGAGGAGUCAAAAAGCCAAGAAAAUUGCAAAAAUCAGAAGAAGAUUAUGAUUCGUUUAUUGACAAUCUGAUGAUUCAGAUAAAGUCGCUUCCACAAAUGCAAAUUUUGGAACCACUUUUACCUAAAAAUUUCGGCGUAUGUCCAAUAUACGGAUCGAGUGAAUUAAACAAGAUCAAUGCACUGAAAAAAUAUGACAUCGAAUGUGGUGAACUAAAUGGAGCAUAUGGAAAGGGAGAGCUCUCUUUUAUUUCUGACUUUUACAAUACAAAACCUUUUGGAAUAUUGGAACCGAAGCCUGAAAAAGCUGCAACUUCAACUCAACGUGGAUUUUAUGAUCAAGAAUUUCCACCACUUAAGUUCGAUGAGGAGGAGAAAGCUCAUCAUAGAAAUAAGUAUGAUAUACUAGCAAAAGAUCGUGAUGUCGAUACACCUGAUACAGUUGUCAGUUCUUCAAGUCCUGAAUGUGUUACUAUAAGAAAUCCUAAUCGAUUCCCAGGAUUGAGGCUAAUAAGAGAGGAAGAAGAUGCGGAAAUUGAGGAAGAAAUGUCAAGCUUUAUUGAUAACAGAAUGUCGCCUUCAAUUCCUACAAUUAUCGCUCCAAUACCCAUUCGACUGAAAACUGGCAUCUCACUUACAAAUGACAAUAAAUCAUUCACAGAUAAGGAGUUUGAAUCAUCAAAACAACUUGGUCUUAAAUCAUGCUUUGAGCCACCAACUUCAGCUAAAGAUAACAACAAUAAUAAUGUAACGGUAACGUUGACAUUAACAUCUAAUGCUGCUGAAGAUAUAAUGGGUGUUUUAAAGUCUUUAGCAAAUAUUUUAAAUAUUCCUGCACCUACAGCAUAUCAAAUUGUUGAACGCACGACCACGCCACCAAGUCAAAAACUAGGACUUUACAGAAUCAAAGGCAAAGAUGGAAAAGAAGGACAACCAGUUGAUAUUCAAACGAUAUUAAAUGGAACAGCAAAAUUCUGUAGACACUGUGAUGUAGUUAUAUUAAAUAAUACUAUCAAGGCAAUAGCUAGUGAAUUUCCAUUAUUGAUUAAUACAGAAUUAGAAUCAGAUGAGUUCUAUUUCUGCGGUCAAACAUGCUAUAAACAAUUCCAAUGGCGACCGAUAAAUAUGUUGGAUGAUAAGAGCUUAGGUUCAGCUAUAUCUGACGAUAAGGCUUUAGAAACAAUGUCAGAAAAUAUAUCAAAGGGAGACAUAAAAGGAGAUAUUAAUCAAUCAAAAGAACAAACUAGCUCCAAGAGAAAACAUGAAGAAAUUGAGGAAACAAUUGAAAGCAAGGAAGAAAUAUUGCAAGAGGAGAAACGACAGAAGCUUAUGCGUAUCAAAACAUUUGGAGCAAAUUGCUUUACGCAAACUCAUAAGCAAAAGAAGCUUACUGAACGAGAUAUUACUGAAAUGCUAUUUAGAAUGAAUAUUACUGUAAAUUCUGCACCAAAGAUUCUUGACGAUACAAGGAAAUGUAUAUUUUGUCAUCAAUUUGGAGACGGUGUUGCUGAUGGACCGUCACGUUUAUUGAAUUAUGAUGUCGAUAAAUGGGUUCACUUGAAUUGUGCAUUAUGGUCUGAUGGUGUGUAUGAAACCAUAAAUGGUGCAUUAAUGAAUCUCGAAGCUGCUCUUCAGCAGAGUCUUAAUUCAGUAUGUACAAUAUGCAAUCAAUUAGGAGCGACAGUUAAGUGCUUUAAGGCACGAUGUGGAACGUUGUACCAUUUGAACUGUGCAAUGAAAGAUAAUUGUGUAUUUUAUAAAAAUAAAACAACAAUGUGUAACAUACACGCACCAAAGUCAGAGAAAGAUAAUGAACUAACAACAUUGAGUGUACAGCGUCGUGUUUACAUUGAUCGUGAUGAGAAUCGACAAGUUGCGUCAAUUAUGCAUCAUUCGGAUCUUUCAAAUCUCAUGAGGGUCGGAAGUUUGAUUCUUCUAAAUGUAGGACAAUUAUUACCUCAUCAACUUCACACAUUCCAUACACCAAACUAUAUUUAUCCAAUUGGCUUUAAAAUCAUUCGAUUCUUCUGGUCAAUGAGAAAUCCAAAUAAACGAUGCAAUUACGUAUGCUCGAUCGCUGACUCAGCUGGACGACCAGAAUUCAGAGUAAUUGUAAAGGAACCAAGUGAAGAAGAUAUCGAACUUAAAGAUGAAUCUCCUAAAAAAGUUUGGCAAAAGAUCUUAGAAUCUAUAGUCAAACUUCGAAGGGAAAAUAAACUUGUUCACAUAUUCCCAAAAUACAUAUCCGGCGAAGAUCUUUUUGGUCUAACAGAACCAGCUGUUGUUAGAAUUCUAGAAAGUUUACCUGGAGUUGAGACUUUGAACGACUAUCGCUUCAAAUACGGAAGGAAUCCAUUAUUAGAAUUACCACUAGCUAUAAAUCCUUCAGGUGCUGCACGUACUGAACCUAGACAAAAGCACGCAGUUCCAUUUAAGAAGCCUCAUACUCAACGAACAGGGUCAUCUAGUCAAAGACCAGCUUUUGUUCCAUCAUCAUCAGCUGGUGAAGUUGCUUGCCCAUACAGCAAGCAAUUUGUACAUUCAAAGAGUUCUCAAUACAAGAAAAUGAAAUUAGAAUGGAGAAACAACGUUUUUCUCGCAAGAUCAAAAAUUCAAGGCUUAGGACUUUACGCAGCUCGUGAUUUAGAGAAGCACACGAUGGUCAUUGAAUAUAUCGGGGAAGUCAUUCGUGGAGAAUUGUCAGAACUGAGAGAGAAGCAAUAUGACGCUAGAAACCGAGGUAUUUACAUGUUCAGAUUAGAUGAAGAUCGUGUAGUCGAUGCCACUUUGAGUGGUGGACUCGCUAGAUAUAUAAAUCACAGCUGCAACCCGAAUUGUGUCACAGAAAUUGUCGAAGUUGACCGCGAAUAUCGCAUUAUAAUAUUCGCAAAACGAAGAAUUAAUAGAGGAGAAGAGCUAUCAUACGAUUACAAAUUUGAUAUUGAAGACGAGUCAAGGAAGAUUGCAUGUCAUUGCGGAGCAGCAUAUUGUAAAAAGUACAUGAAUUAA